AUGGACGAUGUGGAGAUCGAGGAUGUCAAUGAUGAUGACGUGCCACAAAUACAGAAGGCGCCCGAGAACCAGGAUCUGACUUUCCUCAGCCAAACUGUGGGAGACGUUUUGGCCCAGUAUGGAUGGUGCCUGCUGAUCGUGACCGUGCUGGUCUACCUGCUGAUCCAGCAGCUGAGCAAGAGGAGGGCCAGCCAGGCCAGCAGCACCCCGCCCCCUCAGACACAGCAAGAUCCAUUGUCAGUGGCAAGAAGACAAGAGGCCCUGGAAGCAGCUAGGAGGAGGAUGCAAGAGGAGCAUGAUGCCCAGACAGCGAUAUUCAGAGAGAAACAGAAAAAGCAAGAGGAGGAGAAAAGGAGACAGAAAAUUGAAAUGUGGGACAGUAUGCAAGAAGGAAAGAGUUACCAUGGAAACGCAAAGCUGUCUCAGAGCGCUGAAGAGGCGAGCUCCUCCACCGUGCUGAAACCAAAGACAGAGAAGAAGUCGCUACGCAGCACUGGCUACAACCCCCUGACAGGCGAGGGCGGAGGGUCCUGCUCCUGGAGACCAGGCAGGAGAGGGCCGUCAUCUGGUGGAUGAGGUUAAAGCAGGUCAGAGACAGCGGUCCAAGUGACUCAGGAGCUCUGACCCACUGACCUUUAACCUUUGCCAUCCUUAAGAGCACACUGACAUACUGAGCGAAGCUACCAACUCCAAGCCUUCACUGUUACUCAUAGAGAUCACACACUCAUAUGCUCCAUGCUAUUGAUUUUUUGUUUUUUUUUGCAUUAAUCAUACAUUAUAACAGCUGUACUCUGUGCUACAAUAAUUUUAAUCUUUUUUUCUUUUUUUUUUUUGUGCUGUUACCUUACUACCAAACCUGUUUUCCGUCUAUGUUAAAUCAUCCUAGUGAAGGUAACUGUGUUGGCAUUGUGGACUUUAAAGCUUCUAAUGAAGCCACUCCUGUAAAUGGUAACAUAACCAGUGGGCUUGGCUGAUGAAUUUCAGAGUCGGUGUGUGUUUUGUUUGUUUGUUUUUUUCCCUGAUAUAUUUUAAUGUCUUUAUCAAUAUGUACCAUUGUAGCUUUAGAGUACAUAUUGCUACAGCAGUACUUUUGUUGUAAUCGGAAGAUGCACCAUUCAAUUCAUGAGAUAAAUUACUAUUAUAUAGUUGCUGAAAUUUUGAUAUUGAUCUGUUAAGAUAAAAGAAGAGAAAACUUGAGUUGUUAAUGCACAUUUUUAUGCAAUAAAGAGAUUGUCAUCCCUA